AUGGAGAUCUCCGACCAAACCGUGCAGAAGAUCGAGAGAUUCGCAGAGAACCGCCAAAUAGCAGAGCGCGAGUCUGCACGAGAGCCUCUGAGUGACACUGCAUUACAUGCCUACACAAGACGGUUGGACGCAACCCUGAAAGGUCUCCAAGAGCAAGUCAAGCGCCAAGAAAACGAUCUGAUCAAGCUGCGAGAGCUUAACUCCGUUGAACUCCCAGAAUCGGGCACUGACACAUGGGCCCGCGUUUCGCAAGCCCGACGGGCCAAGAAAGCAUACGAUUCAGUCCUCAAAUCUGAACAUGAGCUUCCAGCAACAGAUUCAGUGUUGCCCUCACUUCUCGCCCUAGAAGAAACAGCCCGGCUCAUCAAAGACAAUAAAAGCUCCGUCCAAUUGACAGCUGAACAGCUAUCUGCGGACCGAGAUCGCCUCCGCGUAGAAGACGCCAAUCUACGCGAUUCUCAAGCAAUCGCCAGUGGACUCCGAGAGCGCAUCCAGUUCAUUCGCAAUGCGCAGAGUAGGAAAAGCGACCAGACUCCAUCCCAGGUUGCGCGUGAGCAGGUGAUUCAGCAGAAGAAACAGAAUAAGGACCUGGACCGUACGUCUGCGCGUCUGAAGGUUGGUCUGGAUGAGUUCAUAGAUGAUACUCUUGCUCCGAUGCUUGCUGCUGAGGAUUUGGGUGGCCCGACUGUUGGUGAUGCGCUCGAGGUGUCGGAUGCUACGUUGAAGGCUGGGUAUACGGCACAUGGCAAGCCCAAGAAGCAGAAGCAGCCAGUUGAAGAGGAGAAUGGGUCGCAGCAGCGGAUUGAUCAGUUUAUGCAACGCAGUGGGGAUGAUACUUCUCGGAACAAGAGGGAAGCUGCUGCGAAGGAGUUUCAUCAGCUCCUUGAUGAUCUAUUGGAAGCCAACACUUCAUAUAUCAAUUUGAAGCGCGACUCGGCAUCUUCGAGGUUCCUUGUUAGGGCCAAGGUUGCCCAAUUCCACCCUCGAGAUGCACGACGGCUUCGAUUGAUUGAUUUUGGUCGCUCGCUAGGAACUUGA